AUACAAAUCUUGGGUCCAUCACAGGGCACCCCGGAGUUAGCCAAGAGGACAAAGGACCUCGUGGAGCAAGGCGGGCUCUACCCCAUGGAGGAGGACGACAACCGCGGGCUCGACCAUGACACUUGGGUGUCGCUCAUGCUCAUGUACCCGAUGAUGGAUAUCUCAGUGUGCCAGCUCUAUGUGCAGCCCGACCGCGACGCCGCAUACCACUAUGACCUCAGCCACGCGCUGGCGCCCCUGCGGGAGGAUAGCGUCCUCAUCCUCGGGUCCAGGAGCGUGAUGCACAACCUACGCCAGAGGGGCAUCCUCGGGUCACUGCCACUAGAGUGGGCCUCAAAGUUCGACACCUUGCUCAGGGACUCGCUCCUGAACUGGAGGUACGAGGUCGUGAAGCAGUACGAGAAGGAACCACAGGGGAAGAUAGCGCACCCGCCUCGGAGCACCUGCACCGCCACUGGGGACAGUGCGAGGGCGGAGCUAUUCCAUCAUAGCUGGACGGGUUCCAUCUCCUAUGCUUCCUACAGAUUCACCACCAAGAAAUGAAUCGAUCGGCCUCAGAAGCAUCCCAACGACUCAUUUUCUUGUAACAUUUUAG